AUGCUUCUCCCCAAAGGUGGCCUCAACUGGAAGGCCGCGCAGUCUAGACUCCCCCCGUCGCGCGCUAUCUGGAACCUUGUUGCGCGUAAACGAGUUAUCGUUCUCGCCGCCAUCGUCACAGCCAUCAUCCUUCUAUGGCGCGGGGUAUCAAACUCGGCGUCUGAGAUGCAAAGCUUCUACUGCUGGGGCCCUUCGAAGUCACCCAUGGACAUGACAGCGAACGACUACGCCAGAUGGAACGCCCAUCUGCAAACACCGGUCCUCUACAACCCCCACGCGCCGAUCGAAGUCAAUUCCUCCACUAUUCAGCACGUCAACCUGAACCCGAUCACCUCCACCACCAAGGCCGUCACCAACGAAGAGCGAGUACUCAUCCUGACUCCCCUCAAGGAUGCCUCCAAAUUCUUGCCCAAGUAUUUUGAUCUGCUCGCCAGACUGACGUACCCACACCAUCUGAUUGAUCUGGCCUUCCUCAUCUCCGACUCUGAAGACGACACUCACGCCGCUCUCGCAGCUGAACUGGACCGUAUCCAAAGCCGCCCCGACAAGGUCCCUUUCCGAAGUGCCACCGUUGUUGAAAAGGACUUCAACUACAAGCUGAGCCAGGAUAUUGAGGAGCGCCACGCGUUUGCGGCUCAGGCCCCCCGCCGCAAGGCCAUGGCUAGGGCUCGCAACUACUUGCUUUACUCUGCCCUUAAGCCUGAGCACUCUUGGGUGUACUGGCGUGACUCUGACAUUGAAGAAAGCCCCGAUACCCUGAUUGAAGACUUGAUCGCCCAUGACAAGGACGUCAUCGUUCCCAACAUUUGGUUCCACCGGUACGAGAAGGAUGGGCACGACAUUGAAGGACGAUUCGACUACAACUCUUGGGUCGAGUCGAACCAAGCUCUCGCCCUAGCCAAGAAGUUGGACAAGGACACCGUCAUCGUCGAAGGAUACAAGCAGUUCAAGACUGGCCGACAGUACAUGUGCCUGAUGGGUGACCGCAACCAAAACAAGGACGAAGAGAUCGAGCUUGAUGGCAUCGGCGGUGUCAGCGUUCUUGUCAAGGCCGAUGUCCACCGGUCAGGCGUUAACUUCCCUGCUUACGCCUUUGAGAACCAAGCCGAGACGGAAGGCUUCGCCAAGAUGGCCAAGCGCGCUGGCUAUUCCGUCGUUGGCCUUCCCAACUACGUUGUCUGGCAUAAGGACACGGACGAAAAGUUUGCCAAGGACAAAUAA